GUCUGAUUUGAUCGUUGUCUCCUUUCGGUAAAACUAUAAGUACCGAGGCAGCAAAAUUUUGGAUAAAAACAUGGCAGGAAGAUUUGAAAUUCUCAAGUUUCUGGUGCCGGUCCUAUUGUCUCUGUUGGUCUUAGCUAUCCUAAAAUCGGACCUCAACGUAUCGGCAGAAAGUAAUUUGAAGGACAUCAAUUCCGGCACUGGAUAUCGAAAUCAGAGAAGCGAUGACAUCGAAGAGAGAUUUGGUUCACGCGACGGACACGGACACCACACUAAACAUCGCCAAUCGUUGCUAGCUAAACUCAAGCGGCCUAAAUCCGGCUAUGAUGCCCCCAAAUCGCAAUACAAACCGUCCAAACCUCAUCGACCAUCAAAGGCACACCACAAACCCAAAGGCAAAUAUGGUCCCCCCAAGUCACAACAUCGCGCACCUGUAAAAAGUUAUGAAUCUCCGGCCUACAGUUCACCUGCAUACAGUCCUCCUGCUUAUAGUCCUCCAGCAUAUAGCCCUCCUGCAUACAGUUCUCCUGCCUACAGUGCACCUGCAUACAGUCCUCCAGCUUACAGUCCUCCUUCUUACAGUCCUCCAGCUUACAAUCCUCCUUCUUACAGUCCUCCAGCUUACAGUCCUCCUUCUUACAGUCCUCCAGCUUACAGUCCUCCUUCUUACAGUCCUCCUGCUUACAGUCCACCAAAAGAAGAGUAUGGCCCCCCUAAAAAAGAGUACGGCCCCCCUAAAAAAGAGUACGGUCCACCAAAAAAAGAAUAUGACGAACCUAAAAAAGAAAACAUACCCCAGAAAACCGAGUAUAACCCACCAAAGGAAGAGUACAAAGUUCCAAUUGAGCCGGCUUACAUCCCAAAACCACUAUCUACAGCGGUAGCGAAUAAAGAUUCCAGCGGAUUUUUCACCAACCCUUCGGACGGUUUCCCGAAUUUCUUCAAACAAAUCAUGCAAGGGUAAAACAACAACAAAAAAAAUCUGAGUUUGGUUUAUUACUAAUCACAAUUAUUCGAAAGUGCAAACACCACACUUUUAUUUUAAGAUAUUUACUGUUACCUCUUAAUUUAUUCAUCCCCUACCAGUCUACCACAUUUACUUUCAACGCAGAACAUUUCGAUUACAUAUCACCGUUUGUUAUACGAUCGUUCAGUCUUUAUUUCCGUUAUUGUCAUUUGUUUAGCGUACAAAAGAUUCCAGUUUCAAUAAACAGAUAUACAUGUCAACACA